CACUAUGUUCAAAAGGCGCCGGGGGACUUCCCGGAGCCACGGAGCUCGCGCCGCCCGCCCGCCCGGCCCACGGAGCCCAUGGACCUGAGCGCGGCCGCCGCGCUGUGCCUCUGGCUGCUGAGCGCCUGCCGCCCCCGCGACGGGCUCGAAGCCGCCGCGGUGCUGCGAGUGGCGGGGGCAGGGCCGGCCGAGAGCCCGGGGGGCGGCGGCGGCGGCGGGCGCACCCUCGUCGCGGCUGCGGGCGCCUCUGCUGCCCCGGCCGCCGCGGCUCCCGGGGCCCGCGCCUCGCGCCGCGCCGCCGGCUCCGGCUUCAGGAACGGCUCGGUGGUGCCGCACCAGUUCAUGAUGUCGCUUUACCGGAGCCUGGCCGGGAGGGCUCCGGCCGGGGCCGCCGCCGCCUCCUCCGCGGGCUCUGGCCGCCACGGCCGCGCGGACACCAUCACCGGCUUCGCGGACCAGGCGACCCAAGACGAAUCGGCAGCCGAGACCGGCCAGAGGUUCCUGUUCGACCUGUCCAGCCUGGCCGACGCGGAUGAGGUGGUGGGCGCGGAGCUGCGGGUGCUGCGCCGCGAGCCCCCGGAGCACGGCCGCGGCCCGCCGGUGCCCCCGCCGCUGCUGCAGCUGUCCACGUGCCCCGACGCCGCGCGCGCGCCGAGCCUGCUGCGCUCUCGGGCCGCCGAGCCCCUGAGCGGGGAGCGCUGGGAGGUGUUCGACGUGGCGGACGCUGUCCGGAGCCACCGCCGGGAGCCGCGCGCCCCCCGCACGUUCUGCCUGUGGUUGCGCGCGGCGGCGGGUCCGGCGCGGGGGCCGCUGGCGCUGGGACGGCUGGGCUUCGGCGCUCGCGGCGGCGGCGGCGCGGCGGCGGAGGAGCGCGCGCUGCUGGUGGUCUCCUCCCGCACGCAGAGAAAGGAGAGCCUGUUCCGAGAGAUCCGCGCCCAGGCCCGCACGCUCGGGGCCGCGCCGGCCGCCGAACAGCCGCCCGACCCGGGACCCGGCACCGGGGCGCUGACUGCUGUCCUUGGCGGUCGCAGGAGGCGGCGGACCGCGCUGGCUGGGGCCCGGGCUGCGCCGGGCGGCGGCGGCGGCGGCGGCGGGGGCGCGGGCCGCGGCCACGGGCGCCGGGGCCGGACCCGCUGUAGCCGCAAGCCGCUGCACGUGGACUUUAAGGAGCUGGGCUGGGAUGACUGGAUCAUCGCGCCGCUGGACUACCAAGCGUACCACUGCGAGGGCGUCUGCGACUUCCCGCUGCGCUCGCACCUCGAGCCCACCAACCACGCCAUCAUCCAGACGCUGCUCAACUCCAUGGCGCCCGACGCGGCGCCGGCCUCCUGCUGCGUGCCCGCGCGCCUCAGCCCCAUCAGCAUCCUCUACAUCGACGCCGCCAACAACGUGGUCUACAAGCAAUACGAGGACAUGGUGGUGGAGGCGUGCGGCUGCAGGUAGCUGGCGGGCCGGGCCGGGCGGGGAGGGGGCAGCCGCGCCGCCGAGGACCCCCUGCUGAAGAGCAGCUGAGGGCUGGGCCUGGCGCCGAGGGCGGGUGCCGGUCGGUCGGACUCUGGCCCCGCGCCCGCACGGAGGAGAGAAUGCGCAGGUCCACACUCACACCCACAGCUCGUUUACUCACGCACCCAUUUACCGUGACUGCACCGGAAAGCCCGGGGUGGAGAUGACCGCGCUAGGGAUGGCACAGCCACGCGCACUCGGCAAACAGGUUACCGAUGCACCCGCUGCCUCCUCUGGGGAGAGGCUGGCGUUUGUGUUAAUGUUAAAUAACAGACACGAAAUCAGGUAGGAACAGGCUAGGGAAUUGCCGGCUCCAGAAUGGGUGAACUAAAGGGGUACCUGCUUCAGUUUUAUCUCACCCCUUUAUGUUUCUGGCUGGGUGGCUGGUUCUGGGGGUGUGGGACCCGGAGUCCGCAGGGUCCUUUCUGAAGGGCUGGCGCACGCCGAGGCCAGCCAUUCUGGGGAGGAGCAGCUGCAAAGGCCUUGUCUCUCUUCUUUGACUUUUAAGAUGGAAGGUGUCCCCUCCGUUUUGACCAGGAGCGUUUGUCAGAGCACAUGGUGGACCCUCCUAGAUCUCUGCCAAGGCCGGCGCCCUCUCUCUCUUUAAAAACCAGUUCCUGUUGGGAAUGAUCUAGAAAGCAGAAAAGAUAUUCUUCUUUGGGAGGGGGAGUGAAAUAGGGGAGAGGUUUUAAACGGCAAGUCUGAUCUGAUCUGAAAGGGGUGAGGUGCAUCUGCAGCUCCUGAGCUGGGCAGCCAGGGGUAGUGGCCGUGCCUUGGGGGGCUCCCGGGGGGCGGCUAGUGCAGUGUCUGGGAAUGGGGGUGGGAGGAAGCCAUGGCUUUUCCUAGAAACCCGCCAGGAGGUUUUCCUAGGGAUCUGCGAGGAGGCGCUUAGGACUGAAA